AUGGGCAAAUUCUCCUUUCUCUCCCUUGCGCUCCUCGCAGCCCAAUCCGCCUUCGUCAAUGGCCAGGGAUCUGCUAACGCUGAGGAAAAGACGGAGGCUCCGGCUGACAUUCCCAAGCUGGGAGUGACAGUAUCAACCACAUUCCCUAAGGCUGAGGUGUUUGGCGUCAAACUCGUCAAUGGCCAACCUACCGAAGCGCUCCUCCAAUUCUCUAACACUGACCCAGAACCGGUGACCGUAACUGUUAUCGGAGGCUCUCUUUGGACUAUUGAAGCCCCAGGAAAGCCAUCCAUUAAUAUUCGAAACCUCACUGCCACCCCGUACGGCAUGGACAUCCCAGCGGGAGACCAGAUCACCCUCCCUUAUAUCUUCACGAAUGAAAUGCACCCUCAAGAUUUGACAUUGAACCUUGCUGCUGUGAUCAGUGAUAGCAAAGGGAUCAUGCAUCCGAUCACUGCCUACAAUGGUACCGUCAGCGUCGUGGAGCAAGAUACUAGCAUUUUCGACCCACAAGUUCUUUUCCUCUAUGUCUUCCUUCUGGCUUGCUCAGCGGGAUCUGUGUAUUUCUUCUAUACUCUCUGGAUUGCGCCUUACUUCCCCCAGAAACGCAAGGGUGGAAAGGGAUCGGAUCGCCCCCGAAAGUCCGCAGGUGUCUCGUCCUCCGUAGAUGCAGACCCGGCCUCUGCUACUGACGGAGCCCCUUCGACGAAGACAUAUGACACCGAAUGGAUUCCGGCCCAUCAUAUCAACAGGCCCGAAGCCCGAAAGGUCAAAUCCGGCUCUGGCCGGGCCAAAACUCGAGGAUAA